AUGGCGGCAACAGGGUGGCGUGUUCUGCUGCUGGGCGUCCUGGCGAUGGCGGCCUCCGCACAGAGCCUGCCCCAGAUUGGUACUCCCUUACUCUUUCUCCCCGCCACCGCCUCUCCAGGUGGAACGGGAAUGACGGAAGGUUAUGGUUUCCCCAACGCAGGGUUCAACAGCAUCGAUUGCGGCCUCGGCGGUGACUCUAAUUACACGGAAGCGCUUGAAAGAGAUGGAGCGUUCCUGUUUAGGAAGGAACUGGAAGAGCGGGAAGAACAGAGGAAGAGAGAAACAAGAGAAAGCAAAUCUUCCUCUUUCUUAUAAAAUAGAUGAAUACAAGCGAUUUAUAUAGGAUCAAAAUAGAUCCGUUGGAUGGGGUUCCGUGACGUCGUCUCCACUGUAGUUUUAGCCGUUGGAGAGUUCUUUCCUGAUUGUUGGCGAUGUUUGAUUGGCUGGGGUGACGAUUAUGGUGUCUAUGAGGGCACACGUUGUUGUUGAAAACCUUAUGCGUUAACAGUUCCCCGCAAGCUAACGCUCGGAACGAGAUUUAGCUUGUUUCUUAGCCAUUGAAAAUGACUUUUGAGGAGAGGCUUUGCUAGGAUGUCAACGAGCUGAUGAGUGCUGGGAAGAAAUCUGAUUUACAGUUGUUUGGCGGUGACCCUUUCACAAAUGAAGUGAAAAUUGAUCUCAAUGUGUUUCGUUCUAGCGUGGAAGACGGGAUUAACAGAUAAAUAUGUAGCUCCUAGAUUGUCGCAGUAGAGAAUUGGAGUGCCUUGUGGCUUGAUCUGAAUUUCAUUAAGAAGAGAAUUUAGCUAGAUAAACUCAGCAGCCAUGUUUGCUAGAGCUUUAUACUCAGCCUCUGUACUUGAUCUCGAGACGAUAGAAUGUUUCUUCGACGACUAGGAGAUCAAGUUUCUUCCAAGAUAAACAAGAUAACCACCAGUGGAUCGGCGAUCAUUCUUAGAAGAGGCCCAAUUUGCAUUGCUGUAGGCUGUGAACUGAAGAGGGGAGUCAUGAGAGAGAUGAAGGCCCAAAGUAAUUGAGCCCUUUAGAUAGUGAAGAAGAUGCUUGAGGGUUUGCUAAUCUUCAUGAGAGGGGUUGUGCAUCUUUUGAUAUGCCCAAUUCACAUAAUAAGAUAUCCAGACGUGCUAUUGUGAGGUAUUGUAGACCACCGAAGAUACUUCUAUAAGUCUUGGGAUCAGGAAGUAAAGUGUUGUUGGGAAACUCGGUUAUGGAGGUUGAUCAUGGAGUUGACAAUAAUUUGUACUGAUCCAGGCGUGCCCGUUGAAGGAUUGUAGCUAGAUAUUUGGAUUGCGAGAGAAGAUAACCUGUGGAAACAUGAAGUAAUUCUAUUCCAAGGAAAAAAGUGAGUAUGCCCAAGAUCCUUAAUGGCAAAUUUGUUAUUCAGUGAUGAAACAACAAAAUUAAUAAAAUGAAAAUUUGAUCCAAUGAUUAGUAGAUUAUCAACAUAAAUUAGAAUAAAUAAUAGUUCAUUUAUGAAAAAAAAUAAGGAGGUAUCUGUUUUGGAUCCGAUAAAACUGAGAGAGAUAAGAGGAUAAUUUGGAAAACCAUGCUCUAAGGGAUUGUUUUAAUCCAUAGAUAGAUUUAUGAAGUUUGCAAACAUGAUUAGGGAAAUUGGAGUUUUUGUAUCCCUCUGGUUGCUCCAUGAUGAUACUCUUACUGAGAUCUCCAUGAAGGAAGGUGUUGGAGACAUCCAAUUGAUGGAUGUGCCAUCGUUGACUAAUAGCUAUGGAUAGAAGGAGCCUUACAGUUGUCAUUUUGAUGACAGGUGAGAAACUAUCGAAAUAAUUGAACCCUUCUUGUUGAGAAAAUUCUUUUGCCACUAAUCGGGCUUUAUACCAGACUAUGGACUCAUGAGAUUUAAGUUUUAACCAGUAGACCCAUUAACACCCAAUUAUAUGUGUGUUAGGAGGCCGUGGGAUUAAGGUCCAAGUUUGAUUUUUUUGGAGAGCCUCAAACUCCAAUUGCAUAGCUUGUCUCCAUAGGGGAUGUUUGGAGGAAGUGGAAAAAUUUUCGGGUUCCUUGUGAGAAAGAGUAAGAUGGUAGCAUUGGGGUAACGGAUAUUUAGUUGACAAGGUUGCUAAAUAAGAGGACGUUAGAAGGACUGCUGUGGUAUCCCUAUAGAGAUGACUGAUACGCCUAAAUUUAGCUGAUGGAGUUGAGGAAGAAGAUGUUGGAUCUGAAUUGUCACUAUCAGGUGAGUGAGGGGUUGAGUUAGUUAAGUGAGCAAGAGAAUCAGAAAUGAGAGUAAUUUUAGUGGAGGACAAUGAAGUGGUGGUGGCUGUUAUUUGGUGUGAAGGGGAAAAAGUUGAAGAAGGGGUAGAAGCGGGGGGUGAGGAGGGAAGGAUAGGAAUUGAUACAUAGUUAGGAUGGAAACUGAGGAUUCCUCUAUCGGUAGAAGACGAGUUGGGUUUGACUAGAUGUGGUGUGAAGUGAGGGAAUAUGCACUCAGAAUAAUACAUGAUGAGAUGUAUAAAAUUUUCCGGGAGCAAGAGACUUACAUCUAUAAUCGUGGUGAUGUGAGCUAUAUAUCCUAAAAAUAAAUGAGAUUCGGAGCUAUCUUCUAAUUUAUGUUGUGCAAAAGAUCUAGUGUACAGAUAAUAGAGGCAUCCGAAGGUUUUGAGUGUUUGAUAGUCAGGUAUAACUUUGUAAAGAACUUUAAAAGGACUCUUAAAUUUUAGAAUGGGGGUAGGCAUUUGAUUAAUAAGAUAGGUAGCUGUAUACACAACUUCAUCCCAAUAUUCUUGGGACAUAGAGGCUUGUUUGAGAAGAGAUAAGGCUGUCUCUACAAGGUGUCUAUGUUUGCAUUUGGUAGUCCCAUUUUGUUAGGGUGUAUGAGGACAAGAGAUGCGAUGGUGAAUGCCUCGAUCCUAAAAAUGCUUGGUCAAUGCCUGAAACUCACCACCCCAAUCUGAUUGAAACAGAAGGAUUUACUAGAAGAAAGUCGUUUUACCUUUGCUUGAAAUUUGAUAAAGAUUUGAAACACAUCACUUUUAUUUUUGAGAGGAUAAAGCCACAUGAAUUUGCUAUAAUCAUCAAAAAAAAUUACGUAAUAAGAGAAAUGAAAAAGAGAAGUAAUGGGUGAAGGACCCCAGAGGUUGGAAUGUAUUGAUUCAAGUGGUUUAAUAGAAAUAUGAGAAGAGGUCUGAAAAGGAAGUUUAUGUGAUUUCGAAACAUUACAAGCAUGACAAAAUUCGAAAUUAUUUUUGGGUAUGCGAAAUAAGGGAAGUCCAUGAUUUCAGUCGGUUGUGCCAUGUAGCAAGGUCUGUCUUUGCCCCCAAGAACACUGAAGGUUGACCAUGCAGUUGAAGAAGAUAAAGUCCAUCUUCAGUUGUUCCCUUGAGGAGGACUUUGUGGGUUUUCUCGUCCUUCAAAAGACAGUAGGUAGCAUGAAAUUCAAUGAAAACAUCAUUAUCAAUGGUAAAUUGUUUAACGAAAAGUAGAUGUUUUCGAAUGUGAGGGACAUGCAAUAUAUUAUUUAAUUUUAAGGGAAAAGAAUGGGUUUUAAUUAUAGCGGUGCCAGUAGAAGAAAUAGCCAUACUUGAGCCAUUACUUAUCUGCAGCUGAUCGGGGCCUUGAUAAGGAGUAUAGGAGUGGAGGACCCCUUGAUUAGGUGUGAUGUGGUGAGUAGCAACACUAUCGGGAUACCAGUUGACUGGUGCCGGUUGUGGAUUAUGAUGAGUCGUCAAGUAAGCUUGCGGCUGAAUGAUAUGUGGAAGAUUCAGGACAGGUAGGUUGUAGGCGUGUUCAGAUUGCGGUUGAAAGGCAGGGUUGAACCGUUCCCCACAUUGAAACACCUGAUGGCCAAAUUGAGAACAGAGUUGACAGCGUGGCUGCCAAUUCUGGUUCCCCCAUCCUCGUCUUCUACGAUUAUUGCCGGAUCCACGGUUGGAUUGAGACUAAUUUUGCAGAUGACAAGAUUUAUCGGUCUGAUUAGUUUGGGCAAGAUUUGCUGAAGGUGCCACGGUAGAUGAGAGUGUCGAAGGAGCCAUCUGCUGGUGACAAGCUAUUGUGGCUUCAUGGGAUCGAAGACUAGAGAUGAUAUCCUCGAAGGUAAGAUGAUUGAGAUUAGCGUUAAUGCUAAUAUCAAAAGCGCUAUAUUAGGGACGGAGGCCUCUUAAAAAAACACAAAUCUGAGAUAUUUCUUCAACAAGUUUACCAGCUAGAGCAAGCUCCUCGGCAAGCCGUUUGAAUCUUUGAAUGUAUUCUUCGAUGCAGGAAUCGCCUUUGACGAAGUUGUGGAGGUGCCGUUGAAGAUCCAUGAUGCGGGAGCGAUCGGACGAGGAGUAGGUUUUCUGAAUGGCCGUCCAGAGCUCCUUGGUGGUCGUUUUUUGACCUAGUUUAGAUAGAAUUAUUUCGGAGAGAGAGGAGUUAAUAAAGCCGAGCACCUGCUGUUCGUUCCGCCACCAGGCUUGAUAGGCAGGAUUCGGUUGAUCAUCGAUCGUGGCAGCCGGCGGGUCUUGAUCGAUGUAUUUUUGAAGAUCGUAGCCGUUAAGAAGAGGGACGGUCGUGUUCUUCCAUACCGAGAAAUUUUCUCUAGUCAAUCGGACAGGAACCACCAGACUGGUUGGCACAGCCAUGACAAUCGAAGGAGCGAUGCGAUGGUGAUGGUGGACACGAUUUGAGAAGAGGGGGAAGAUGCCAUUAGAUCCACACUUGAGCGCCUGUAGGCUCUGAUACCAUGAAAGAGAUAGAGCGUUCCUGUUUAGGAAGGAACUGGAAGAGGGGGAAGAACAGAGAGAAGAGAGAAAGAGAGAAACAAGAGAAAGCAAAUCUUCCUCUUUCUUGUAAAAUAGAUGAAUUACAAGCGGUUUAUAUAGGAUCAAAAUAGAUCCCUUGGAUGGGGUCCCGUGACGUCGUCUCCACCGUAGUUUUAGCCGUUGGAGAGUUUAAAUCUUUCCUGAUUGUUGGCGAUGUUUGAUUGGCUGGGGCGACGGUUCUAGUGCCUAUGAGGCACGCGUUGUUGUUGAAAACCUAUGCGUUAAUAGCGCUGACUAAGAUCUCGUACUCGCCGGACGAGGCCUACAUAGACACCGGAGUGAACAGAAGGGUCUCUCCGGCAUAGGGACGUACUACGCCGACCUCCGGAGUUUCCCCGACGGGGUUCGGAACUGCUACGCGCUGGGGUCCGUCGAGAGCGGCGGUAAGUACCUAGUAAGGGCCGACUUCCUGUACGGGAACUACGACGGCCUGGAUCGGCCCCGACCUUCGACGUCUACGUGGGCGUUAAUCUCGCUAGCACCGUCGUGGUCGGGCAGUUCAACCGUCUGGAAAUCAUUGCCGUCGCGCCCGCCGAGAGUAUACAGGUCUGCUUGGUGGAUACCGGCGGCGGGACGCCCUUCGUGUCGAUGCUGGAGCUCCGGCCCCUCCUCUAUUCCAUGUACCCCAUGGCGAACCAGUCGCAGUCGCUUCUCCUGCUGGGAAACCGGGAGAACUACGGAUGGGGAAGCGUCAUCCGGUCUCUCUCUCUCUCUCUCUCUCAACGAUGACCCUGGCGCAGGUACCCGGACGACCGCUACGAUCGAAACUGGUUCCCCGACAAUGACCGGACGGCAUGGAAACCGAUAAGGAGUGCUCUGGAGGUGAAGACGGCGGCCGGCGACGAGUUUCUUGUGCCGUCGGCCGUGCUGAGGACCGCGGCGACGGCGGCGUCCCUCACCGAUGGCAUAAACUUCAGCGUCAAUAGGCUUCCCCAGGAAGAGACCCUCGUGGUCCUGCACUUCGCCGAGCUCCAGCUGCCCGCAGCCAACGAGACGAGGGAGUUCAACGUCUACAUCGAUGACGUUUUGGCCGCCGGCCCCUACCGGCCGGAGUACCUCAGGGCGGGGGAGAUGUCGUUCACCAUCCCUCCGGGUGGCGCGGCUUCGGUCCCCUACUCAAUUUUGGCCACCGCCAACUCCACUCUGCCCCCCAUCUUCAACGCCAUCCAGAUUUACGCACUGAAGCGACUGAGCUUGCAACCCACCGACGACCGCGACGGUGAGUUAACGUCCUUCAAUUUUUAUUUGUUGGACACGUACCCAACAACCGUUUUAAAUGGUUCCUCUCUCUCUCUCUCUCUCUCUCGCUAUGUUCUUAUGGGCUCAUCCUAAUAAAGGACCUAAUGGCUCUCUGCGCGUGUAUAUUCUGGUUCGUGGUGCUCCUGAUUGGCUGAAAUCUCAGCUGAGGCCAUCUCAGAUAUCAGAAAAUGGUUUCGAGUGGAGGAAUUGGGUGGGCGAUCCAUGUGUUCCAAAGAACUUCACCUGGGAAGGCCUGGAAUGCAGCAUCAACGCCACUAAUUAUUCGAGGAUUAUCUCUCUGUGAGUUCUACUAAAAUAUGGCCAUUUACGAAUUAUUCUGAUCCACCGUGUCUGGGAUUAUAUGAGCUCAAAGACUGAGAUUUGUCUGAUUUUCAGAAACUUGUCUCACAGCGGAUUGAGCGGAGGGAUUCCUCCUUUGAUAUCCAACCUCACAGCGCUGCAGUCAUUGUAAGCCUCUUCCUAAAUCGUACAGGACCAACUUUCAACUCUCCGUGGAAAAUCUGUGCUUGAUUUACAAGGAAACGUCACAACUCUUCGGAGGCAAGGACCAUGCUUCAAGAUCUGAGGACCCAUUAACAGCUUUCUAAACCCAGGUCAAAUGAGAUAGUUACAAAUAGUGGUAAUACACACAGGAACCCAAAGUAAUGAGAAUAUAAUAAACUGGGAUCAUUGGAUUCACACGCUACCAUUCAUUCUUUACUCCCAUCUUUCGAGAGAAUGAUUUAGCUUGCCAAUCCUUCUUCCCCUAGAUACGUAGGAAAGAACUGGCAGAGGAAUCGUUCUAAAGGACGAGUAAUGCAAGGAACAAGGGAUAAAUGUAUACAGGUUAAACUAGGGGAUAAGCCCAUGCAAGAAUUGAUGUUUGGGCUCCGGUUUUCUAAUGACCUACUAUUUAUGAUUCCUUCAUGAUUUUGCAUAAACAAGUUAAGAAUCUGGAUGAAAUUAUGAAGGGAUAGUUUUCCAUUAGCGUUAAGAUUAGAUUCGUUAUAACCGGUCUGUUGCUUUCAGGGAUCUAUCGCACAACUUUACAGGGGAAUACCUGCGAAUCUAGAGAAGCUACCUGCUCUCAGCUUCCUGUAAGUUCUGAAAGGUUACAACUGUUACAUUUCAUUGCGUAUAAAGGAGAAACAGAUGGUCAGAUAUCCUUGCGAUGCAGGAACUUGGCUAGCAACAAUUUGACAGGACCCCUUCCCCCAAUUCUUUAUGAAAAAUCACAGAAUGGAUCCAUUUCAUUGAGGUUAGUUUCUCGUCUAUAAUCCAAGUCUUAUAAAAAAAUUCAUCUACUUUUAGCCUACCUAGCUUUUCCUGGAGUUCCCCAUGCCACAAAACAAGACGUAUAUAGUUUUAAGACAUUUAAUGAGAAAAAGAGAGGAGAGAGGGGGAAAGGGAAGUGCCGCCCGGAGAGAACUCCGAGGAGAGAACGUUCGGAAUGUCUUUAGAUUGUCGCAAGCAGCGCUCACCACAAACCCAGUGGAUCAUUUCAUUCAGUAAAUUUCGGAUUACAAGGGAAAGAGAGGAAAAAUACCCGUGUCCCCGGUUCAGAGUAAACUGCUUGACAGGUAACAUUUACAAGUAAAUUAGUACAGUAAAGGCUGAAGAAAGUAGAGGGCCCUGGUACCUAUUUAACUCCUCGGCCUGUCACAAUUAUGACUGAGCUAGUGCAGUGAAGAAAUAAUAAGAAGGCGGCCCUGUCGAACUGCAUAUGAUACCUGCAAUGCUGUGGUUUUAUUUGGAUCUGCAUGCUCAACAAACGAACCCAAAAACCGAAUGAAAGAUGCAUCUCGACAUGACUUGUUAGGCUCAAUCACACAAAUGAAUCCAGAAGCUGAAUACAAAAGACCUCAUGGGAUGGAAUCUGUAAAAAUGUUUCUCAUUAGUUUCAUCAACUUUACCUGAAACGAAUAAUUAGAGGACCAAUAUAUGUUAUAUCCAAGCUUCCUUUAUUCCACAGAAGCACGCUUCGUCCAGCAUUCAAAGUAAUACAGACCUUUCACCAUGGAUUAGGAAAAAGGAACUAUGUAUUCAUUUUGGGCAAACACACUAAACUCGGCUAAGUAACAUGGGUUGAUCGGCUGGGAUACAUGUAGGACAUAAUAGGUAGGGCAUUUGGGUAUUAAUCGUGUCUUCCACUAAUAUGCUACUGUUAUCAUGACAUACUUUCAGCGUCAACAACAAUCCAAUUCUGUGCAGCACAGUGAAUAUAUGUGAGACAAGAGAACAGAAAAGAAAGAGUAUUGUUCCGAUUGCAAUAGCUAUAUCAGCAGCCCUUGCAGUAGCCUUUGUAAUCUUGAUCAUAGUGUGCAAAGUGAAAAGGAGAAAGGCUAAUGACUCUCCAAGCAAAACACAAGGUAUAUGUCCAUAACGUAUGAUACUCUUUUCUUUGAUAAACUUGCUUAUCAAACAAUGAUGCGAUGUUGCUCAUAGUAUCUUUUUGAUAUUGUCUUGUUCAUUUCAAUAGGUUCGUAUGGAAAGAAAGAUGGAGAAGAAAAUAGUUUGCAUCAUGAGAGUAACAAUUCUCAUUAUCUGACAUCAUAAGAAUGACAAAUAACUUUGAAAAACAAAUCGGUAGAGGAGGUUUUGGAAGUGUCUACCUUGGCCACUUAGAAGAUGAAAAUCAAGUUGCUGUUAAAGUACUCUCCGAAACAUCAGCUUAAGGAGCUAAGGAGUUCAGAGCUGAGGUAACUCAUAGUAAUUGGAAUUAAGAUUCUAUGUGACUUUAUUAAAUUACUUGUUCAGUUAUUAUUUUAUCUUGUAAGAGUAAUUUUUAAUGCUAGUGCUCACAUGAAAUUUCAGGCUGAACUCUUAACAAGGGUACACCAUAAAAAUCUAGUAUCAUUGCUGGGAUAUUGUUAUGAUAACCUGUCAUUGGUCUAUGAGUUCAUAGCCAAAGGUUCCCUUGCGGAUCACCUCUCAGGUUCUCAAACACAACAUACCAUUCACAUCUAACCAGAUAUCAUGCUCUUGUAGGAUCCUUCAGUUAUUUUGAUUAUUUUUUGAAUCCUCUUUUAAAACUUCAUCGUACGUAGGUGACAAGGGCAGUAUUGACAACUUGUGUUGGAGAGAGAGACUAAGAAUAGCAACUGAAGCUGCACAAGGUGAUCCCAUGAAACAUGAUUAAUCCCUUGUCCAUGAUGUCCAUUUCAUUGAUUUUGACGAUUAUGUCUUUUAAUAUCCCUAAUUAUCAUAAUCAAGGAUGUUGCUGAUAUUUCGAAUUACAGGACUUGAUUAUCUGCAUAGUGGUUGCAAGCCAUCCAUAGUUCACAGAGAUGUCAAGACUUCCAACAUCCUCUUGAAUCAAAACCUUGAAGCAAAAUUAUCCGAUUUUGAGCUGUCCAGAGCUUUUCCGAACGAAGGCCUCACUCAUACAUCGACUGCCGUUGCUGGCACCCCCGGAUAUCUCGACCUCGAGUCCAUCUCUACUUCAAAUGUGCCAGUUUAUGAGGAACACCGAGAGCUUGGCAAAUUCAUUUAUUUGAUUCCUUUCCUUAUGUGCAGGUAUUACCAAACAUAUAGGUUGAAUGAGAAAAGCGACCUUUACAGCUUCGGAAUCGUAUUACUAGAACUUUUGACAGGAGAACAACCAAUCACUGUGGGCUCAAAUGCAGAGAAAACUCACAUUGUCCAGCGGGUGCAGUCAACCUUGGAAAGAGGGGAUGUAACCAUUAUUGCAGACCGAAGAAUGAAAGGGUAAUAUAAUGUCAACUCAUUUUGGAGAGCAGUAGGGAUUGCAAUGUCAUGUACGUCACCGGAAUCUAAUAGUAGACCAACAAUGAGCGAUGUGGUGGUGCAACUAAAGGAGUGCAUGUCAACUGAAGAAUCCACGGGCCAGUCAAGCGAUGUCGAUACGAAUGAAAUGAACAGACUCCCAGUUCAUAUGGGCCCAUGGACAGGCCAUCUGCGAGAUAAUAUCGCUCGUGUGUAAGCGUCAAGAGAUCUAAUUCCACAUAUGCAUUCAUGGAUUGAAUAAAACACCGCAUGUCCAAGCUCUGUGUAAGCAUUCAGAGGUUGUUUCCGGUCUUCUUUUUUCUAUGUGUUCAUCCUGGUUUGUCAAUGAACAAAUAAUAUUCUCAGGUGGUCGUGGUCAUGAGAUUUUUCUAGGAGGUGCUUGA